AUGGAGCAUGGGGAUAUUCUUGCGAAACGUAGUGUCUGUGCUCUGAAAAAUGCACUCGCCCCGAAUGAUAAAUUCGAAAAGGGGGUUAAAUCCCUCGUUGGUGUUCUCCUCAAACAUUUUGUCUUCAAUUUAUAUUAUUCCUUGGACAAAAUUAAAGAGAACGAUGGUAUAAAAAGGGAUGACAGUGGAAACUCAAAAAUGAAUAGAAGAAGAAAGUUGGACAAGUCCAAGAAGAACAUUGAGAAGUGCAUUGACUUGUGUCUAGUAGUUUUGAAAACGUUACAGGGGGAUAAAAUAUUUUUUGCUCAGUAUGUACUGGAGAAUUACUCUUCAAUUAAUUUAAAUCAUACUGAUAAAAGGAGGGAGGGGAAGAAAAAAAACAACAACAACAAGUUCGAUAACACCCUUUUGAUGUACCACUCGUAUAGGAAUUCACAUCCGUCGAGAUGGAAACAUAAACCGAAGAGUGCGAUUAACGGAGUAUGCUUAAAUGCAGGGGAAAGAGCGAAGCACAGCAUGUUGAUAGGAGAUAGGGAAAUCAACUCUUAUGUUAAGAAAAUUGCUACGAUAGACUUGUACAUAGACAAACAUAAGAUGUACUCCAAAGGGGAUUUCAUUUGUGAACUAAAUAAUUUUUUAAAUGAGUUUUAUUUGAAGAAGGGACCCUCAUAUGGGGACCAUGCAAGGAUUGGCGCAGCCCAAAAAAAAGACGAAAACGAGCAAGUAAAAACGGAGGAAAAAAACAUAAUCGAUGAAGACUGCGUAACGAAUAAUUUAUUCUCAGAGUACUUUAACAGCUGCAGAAGGAACAACAAAUUGGUGAAUACGCUAAUAAAAGAGGUGAAUUUACAGAGCUUACGAAAUUUCCAUCGCGUUUUAUACAAAAAUAUUAAUUUUAUUAGAAUGUUUAACGCGCGAAAUGAUACCAAGCAUGAAAUGGAUGCCCUGCAGCUGUCUACACUUUUUGAGCUUUGA